GUGUUCUCACUUCUGACAGCUGUCAAAUGCUUCAAGAUGGACUUCCUCUCUCUUUUCCGAUACGUUCGCGGUCGUGUAAAUUUGUGUUGAAAAAUCACAAAAUUAAAUCUUAGCCAUGGUGCGUAUGAACGUAUUGGCCGAUGCCUUGAAAUGUAUCAACAAUGCUGAGAAGCGUGGCAAGCGUCAGGUCCUGCUUCGUCCCUGCUCGAAAGUCAUCAUCAAAUUCCUGACUGUGAUGAUGAAGCACGGCUAUAUUGGUGAAUUCGAGAUUGUCGAUGAUCAUCGUUCGGGCAAAAUUGUUGUCAACCUCACCGGACGCCUCAACAAAUGUGGCGUCAUCUCGCCACGCUUCGAUGUGCCCAUCAACGACAUUGAGAAAUGGACCAACAAUCUGUUGCCCUCACGUCAGUUCGGCUAUGUUGUGUUGACCACAUCCGGCGGCAUUAUGGAUCACGAGGAGGCCAGGAGAAAGCAUCUGGGAGGCAAGAUCCUUGGAUUCUUCUUCUAAAUAAGUGUGUGUGGAGUUCAAAAAUGUUAAAAUAAUGGUUUUAUUUCUCCGACGCCCACAAAACGACUUAUAUGCGAACACUCUCAUAUAUGUUGAAAUUAAGGUUAAAAACAAAUUUGCAUUCAGCACAACAUCCAGUUAAAUGAAUGUUAACAACAAAACGCGAAAUAAAAUGAUUUCUACAUAAUAAUUUUAA